AGUGGCAUGACGCGCAGAGACAAGGAGCGCGAUAAUUUUUCCGUAAACUGAAGCAACAUCCCCCUGAUUCCUCAUUAAAAGAAUAAAAAAGGGCGGGAACUAGCCGAAAGACAGGGGAAUGAUGGGGCGCUCUGAUCUACCGUCCCGCCCACUUCGGCUUCUCAUUGGUGAAUAUCCUUGGCUCGUGGCGGAGGAGCCCGCUUGAUUGGUUUUCAGUCUCCUAGAGGUGGGUCCGCUGUGCCGACCCCGCCCCCCAGCUGCCGACGUGGGGCCGGCAGUGCAGGCAGAUAGGAACCCGGGUGUCCGCCCGGAGGGUGAGGCGGCGAUGGGGGGGCUGCGGCUCCUAGCGGUGGCCCUCACGUGCUGCUGGUGGCCGCAGGGCGGCCAGGCUAAGACCCUGAGGGGCAGCUUCAGCAGCGCCGCGGCCCGAGACUCUCAGGGCCAGAGCAUCGGCCACUUCGAGUUCCACGGUGACCAUGCUCUUCUGUGUGUCAGAAUCAACAACAUAGCAGCAGCUGUUGGAAAAGAAGCUAAACUCUACCUAUUCCAAGCCCAGGAAUGGCUAAAACUGCAAGAGAGCAGUCAAGCUUAUAGCUGUAGUGAAAAAUUAUCCAAAGCUCAGUUGACAAUGGCCAUGAACCAGACUGAACAUAAUCUGACAGUGUCCCAGAUCCCUUCUCCACAAACGUGGCAUGUGUUUUACGCAGACAAGUAUACAUGCAGAGAUGACAAGGAGAAAUCUCAGGCAGAAGAUAUCCCAUUUGAAAUGGUAUUACUAAACCCAGAUGCUGAAGGGAAUCCAUUUAAUCAUUUUGGUGCUGGAGAAUCUGGGUUACAUGAGUUCUUUUUCCUCCUAGUCCUAGUGUACUUUGUGAUUGCUUGCAUUUAUGCUCAGUCAUUGUGGCAGGCUAUUAAGAAAGGAGGACCCAUGCACAUGAUUUUAAAGGUUCUGACAACUGCAUUGCUGUUACAAGCUGGUUCAGCUUUAGCUAAUUACAUUCAUUUCUCCAGUUACUCCAAAGACGGAAUAGGGGUACCGUUUAUGGGAAGUUUGGCAGAAUUUUUUGACAUUGCUUCCCAAAUUCAGAUGUUGUACCUACUAUUGAGUCUAUGCAUGGGUUGGACAAUAGUCAGAAUGAAGAAGUCUCAAAGCAGACCUCUCCAAUGGGAUUCUACCCCUGCAUCCACUGGCAUUGCAGUAUUUAUUGUCAUGACACAGAGUAUUUUGUUACUUUGGGAACAGUUUGAAGAUACCAGUCAUCAUAGCUACCAUUCACACCACAACUUAGCAGGGAUCCUUCUCAUCAUUUUAAGAAUUUGCCUCGCGUUGUCAUUAGGCUGUGGACUCUAUCAGAUCAUCACAGUGGAGAGGAGUACACUCAAGAGGGAGUUCUACAUUACAUUUGCCAAAGGCUGUAUCUUGUGGUUUUUAUGCCAUCCAGGUCUUGUAUGCAUUUCUAUCAUUUUUAGUGACUACCAAAGAGAUAAGGUUGUUACAAUAGGUGUUAUCCUUUGCCAAUCUGUUUCCAUGAUUAUUCUCUACAGACUCUUUCUGUCCCACAGUCUAUACUGGGAAGUUUCUUCACUUUCCUCAGUGACACUACCACUGACCAUAUCAUCUGGACACAAAAGUCGCCCUCAUUUCUGAUACUUGAUUUUUAUUGAGAGGAAAAGUGAAUUGGUUAAAAGAGUGCAAUAAGGAUCCAAAUACAGUGACUUUUUUUUUCAUACAUUUAGUAUGAAAAAUUAAAUAGCGAAAGCAGAGCAUAUUAUUUAUAUAACUGCAUUUAAGCAGUACCAGAACUGAAAAAAGGUAAUAAGUGAAAUGUUUCGAAUAUACUUAAACAAUAAACUUUCAAGAAAAAGUGUUGUUAUAAGGUAAUGAAGCAAUUUCUAUAUGGAAAUAAAUGUGAAAAA